CGUGUCAUCUCCCGGCGGCCUCCGCGCAUCGGGGGCCAAUGCGGACCGUCCCGCCGGCGGUCUAGACCCUCUCGGACCCCUCCCGCCCUCUCACGGCCGAAGCCCUCUCCAGGACGGGUGGUGGCCGCCCAGCGGAGCUCGGCCGCACCGCUCUUCGCCCCGAAGGGACCUUGCUGGUCGCAGCGAACCGACCCUUCCUUCAUGCUGCAGUGCCGCAACAUUUCCGCCACCGAGGGGGGAGAGCGGCCGCGAUCCCAAACCAAACGCAAGAAUUGGCGUGUGACUCAUCUGCCUGGACACCUCCAGUCCCCAAACUGUCUUCCAGGAGUUUUCUUGGCCGACGCUGUCCGAUGUGUGAGCCUUUCCUUCCCAAGGAAGAAGAUGGAUUGAGAGCUGCCAGUUGGGGACUUUUUGUCAUCAGGGCGGUGCUGGGUUUGAGAGGAGGUGAUGGGGCUGGCGCUGGCUCGUCUUCUCACUCCAGUGAAGAGUUGUUGAUGUCCACUGGUUAUGCUCAGACCAUGCGCAGUUUGUUUUAAUACAGAAUUUUGGGGAGGAUAGGGCUGUAGGCUUGUGAAGAAGGGCAGUCCGGAUCCGGUGGAACUCCUUUGUCCUGCGGUAGGAGGGACACCCCAGUCUGUCCUCGAUGCCGUCAGCCUUGGCCAUCUUCACUUGCCGCCCGAACUCGCACCCGUUUCAGGAGCGUCAUGUCUACCUGGACGAGCCCAUUAAAAUCGGCCGCUCCGUGGCCCGCUGUCGACCCGCGCAGAAUAAUGCUACCUUUGAUUGCAAAGUGCUGUCAAGGAAUCAUGCUCUGGUCUGGUUUGAUCACAAGACGGGCAAGUUUUAUCUCCAAGACACUAAAAGUAGUAAUGGUACCUUUAUAAAUAGCCAGAGAUUGAGUCGAGGCUCUGAAGAAAGUCCACCAUGUGAAAUUCUUUCUGGUGACAUUAUCCAGUUUGGAGUAGAUGUGACAGAGAACACACGGAAAGGUACGGUUACCCAUGGGUGUAUUGUUUCUACAAUAAAACUUUUUCUACCAGAUGGUAUGGAAGCUCGACUCCGCUCAGAUGUCAUCCAUGCUCCAUUACCAAGUCCUGUUGACAAAGUUGCUGCUAACACUCCAAGUAUGUACUCUCAGGAACUAUUCCAGCUUUCUCAGUAUCUACAGGAGGCCUUACACCGGGAACAGAUGUUGGAACAGAAGUUAGCCACGCUCCAGCGGCUACUAGCCAUCACCCAAGAGGCUUCCGACACCAGUUGGCAGGCUUUAAUAGAUGAAGAUAGACUCUUAUCACGGUUAGAAGUUAUGGGAAACCAAUUACAGGCAUGCUCCAAAAAUCAAACAGAAGAUAGUUUACGGAAAGAACUCAUAGCAUUACAAGAAGAUAAACACAACUAUGAGAUGACAGCCAAAGAGUCUCUGAGGCGGGUUCUGCAGGAGAAAAUUGAAGUGGUUAGAAAACUUUCAGAAGUUGAGCGAAGUCUGAGUAAUACUGAAGAUGAAUGUACUCACCUGAAAGAAAUGAAUGAACGGACUCAGGAAGAAUUAAGAGAAUUAGCCAAUAAGUAUAAUGGAGCAGUUAAUGAGAUUAAAGAUUUAUCUGAUAAACUGAAGAUAGCAGAGGGGAAACAAGAAGAAAUCCAACAGAAAGGACAAGCUGAGAAAAAAGAAUUACAACAUAAAAUAGAUGAAAUGGAAGAAAAAGAACAAGAGCUCCAGGCAAAAAUAGAAGCUUUGCAAGCUGAUAAUGACUUCACCAAUGAAAGGCUAACAGCUUUACAAGUACGGUUAGAACAUCUUCAGGAGAAAACUCUUAAAGAAUACAGCAGUUUAGGGAUACAAGUUGAUGACUUCUUACCUAAAAUAAAUGGAAGCACAGGAAAAGAGCGCUUGCUUUCAGAGAGUGGCGGGGACUGCACUUUUAUUCAUCAGUUCAUAGAAUGCCAGCAGAAGCUGAUCGUCGAGGGGCAUCUAACCAAAGUGGUAGAAGAAACAAAGCUUUCAAAAGAAAAUCAAGCAAGAGCAAAGGAAUCUGACUUAUCAGAUACUCUGAGUCCAAGCAAGGAAAAAAGUAGUGACGACGCUACAGACGCUCAAAUGGAUGAGCAAGACCUAAAUGAACCGCUUGCCAAAGUGUCCCUAUUGAAAGAUGACUCGCAGGGUGCACAUUCAGAAAUUGAGGCAAAACAAGAAAUUCAGCAUCUUCGCAAGGAAUUGAUUGAAGCCCAGGAGCUAGCUAGAGCAAGUAAACAAAAAUGCUUUGAACUUCAAGCUCUUUUGGAAGAAGAAAGAAAAGCCUAUCGAAAUCAAAUUGAGGAAUCCACUAAACAAAUACAGGUUCUUCAAGCCCAACUGCAGAGGUUACACAUCAAUAUUGAGAAUCUCCGGGAGGAGAAGGACAGUGAAAUCACAAGCACUCGAGAUGAACUGCUUAGUGCCCGAGAUGAAAUUCUGCUUCUUCAUCAAGCAGCAGAAAGGGCUGCCUCUGAGCGGGACACUGACAUUGCUUCUUUACAAGAAGAGCUUAAGAAGGUGCGAGGUGAGCUUGAGCGGUGGCGGAAAGCAGCGUCUGAGUAUGAGAAAGAAAUCACAAGUCUGCAAAACAGUUUUCAGCUUCGAUGUCAACAGUGUGAAGACCAGCAGAGAGAGGAAGCAACAAGGCUACAAGGUGAACUAGAGAAGUUGAGAAAGGAAUGGAAAUUAUUGGAAACUGAAUGCCAUUCUCUAAAAAAGGAAAAUGUUUUGCUAUCAUCAGAACUGCAGCGGCAAGAAAAAGAAUUGCACAAUUCUCAGAAGCAGAGUUUAGAGCUUACCAGUGAUCUCGGCAUCCUUCAAAUGACAAGGAAAGAGCUUGAAAAUCAGAUGGGAUCCUUGAAAGAACAGCAUCUUCGGGAUUCGACUGAUUUAAAAACUCUUCUCAGUAAGGCUGAAAACCAAGCAAAGGAUGUACAGAAAGAGUAUGAAAAGACACAGACUGUACUCUCAGAACUGAAGUUGAAGUUUGAAAAGACUGAGCAGGAAAAACAAUCAAUCACAGAUGAGCUCAAACAAUGUAAAGACAACCUGAAGCUGCUCCGAGAAACAGGAAAUAAUCCUUCCAUAUUACAACCCGUCCCAGCCGUAUUCAUCGGCCUAUUCCUGGCUUUCCUGUUUUGGUGUUUCGGUCCAUUGUGGUAGAGAAAGAAACCCUGGCCCUGGAUGCCCAUGUUGGCUGCCCUGGUUGCAGUAACAGCCAUCGUGCUGUACGUGCCAGGUCUGGCCAGAGCUUCUCCAUGAGAGUGUUUCUUGAGUCCGUACACCGUCCUCCCUCUAGAAGCUGGCAUCACACUCAUGCUGGGGAUAAACAGAACCAUUUUCUUCCUUUUUACCUCUUAAAACAGCAGACAGAAGUGCAAGAAUACAGCUGUAGGGUCAUUGCUUUAAAUUAUAUAAAAUGUAUCUGUCUAUAAAGAGAAUAUAAAAUUGUGACUUUAUUGUAAGCAAUAACUUGCUUGCAAUUUUUCAUGUAAUUUUUAAAUUAGUAUGUUGGGGUUCUGAAUAUUAUGGUGGCCUAAAGUAGGCUUCUUGGUACACCAGAUUAUUUAUAACAUUAAAUUUAUGGGUAUUUUACUCUCAAUUCUGAAGGCCAGAUAAUUCACUUUUCUGAUUCGUUAAUUACCCAAACCAAACAACCGAUGUAUACAUGGGAAGAGAGGCCCUGUGUGCUCAGUGCCUAUCAGUUUGAAAUAUAUACACAUAUAUAUAUUUUUUACAUAUUUACGCCAUUUUUACUUGUUAUAAAACCACUGAGCUAUUGGGAACAAGACUUAGAGACAACUCUUUGUGUGGAUUUUUUUUUUUUUUUUUUCUUAAGGAGAAAUAAUACACUUGGAAAGUAUUCUGCUCUAGUGAUACUUUGGGCAAUAUGUGCACGCUUGUUUAGCCUUAAUGUGACUUGACGAUGUGGAGGACAUCAACUUUGAAAAACUUUCCAUGAGAGUAUUUUCUCAAGCAAACUGAAGAAUUUCUGGAAGCAAAAACAUAGAAAUUAUAUAAUUUCAGUGCAGUAAACCAAACUGUUGAGUCAAUUGGAAUGUAAUUUAUUAAACCUCAUGUAUUUAAAGAGAUAUUUUCUUUAAAGCCAAGUUACUUUUUCAUAUACAGCAUUUUAGGAAGCAUGAUUUUUUUUUUUCUAUCAUCUCUUCCUCCAAAGCAUGUUUAAUUGAAGAAAGAAUUAAUUUCUCUUUAGAUAAGCUUUUACUGACUUAAUUUGAUUAUGGUUAUUUCAAAGCUAAUUAAUGUUCGAAGUAUACUGUUGUUACCUACCAACAGAUUUCCUGGUUGGAUAUGCAAAUGGUUAUUUUCUUUUAAUUGUUAAUUGGUAUGUUCUGUUAAUGAGAAGCACUAUUCCCAAGAUUAAUAGCGUUCCAGGCUCAGUGAAGCACCUAAACACUGCUUGAUAUAUAAAUUUAAAACACAGAGGUGGUUUUGUGUAGCACCACAGUCAUGUCAAUAAAGUUUGUUUAGAUCAUAGAAUCUAUCCUAAAGUAUCGCAUAGCUAAAUUUUUCAGUCAAUGAAGGCCAGGAGGCGAUGUCAAUGAACUGGCUUGAAUGUUCUGUGGCAAUCCACAGGCCUAGCCAAAUAUUGAAAUAGAAGUUUAGGAUAUAAUUUGCCUUGUGAUGUUUGGCAGUCACUGUUUGUACUUUAAAGGUUAUGUUUUAAGCUAUUCGGGAUUGGCUGUUGGGAGGAUCACUAGAUUUAUGGAGGAAUUAGUCACAGAUGACUUGUAGGAAAUACUGUCAUAUAUAGUUCAUUUCAUCAUUUUCUGUUGCAGGAAGCCACUCCACCACAGAAUGCUAAUAUGCCAGUGGUACCCAGUACCUCUUGUAUAUAGGUUAUUGCAAAUAUUGUUCUGAAAUGCUUAACUUCAGAAUUACAUUUUUUAAAGUAAAUAAUUGUUUUAAAUCUAUUUUGUAAAGAUAUAAAGUACAAUAGAAUUUCUGGAGUACAGAUUAAACUAUUUGCACUAACACACGUGAUGUGCAUGAUUUAAUAAAAUAAUUUACUCCCUA